AUGGCAUCCAAAUUCCUAAGAGAAUAUAAGCUGGUAGUGGUUGGUGGUGGUGGUGUGGGAAAGUCGUGCUUGACGAUUCAACUGAUUCAAAGUCAUUUCGUAGAUGAGUAUGAUCCCACCAUCGAAGACUCAUACCGAAAACAAUGUGUAAUUGACGAAGAAGUAGCACUACUCGAUGUACUCGAUACAGCGGGCCAAGAAGAAUACUCUGCAAUGCGAGAACAGUACAUGCGCACGGGAGAAGGGUUCCUACUUGUUUACAGUAUUACAAGCCGUCAGUCUUUUGACGAAAUCUUAGUCUUCCAACAACAGAUUUUGAGGGUUAAAGAUAAAGAUUAUUUUCCAAUAAUAGUUGUCGGUAAUAAAUGUGAUCUCGAGAGCGAUAGGCAGGUUUCAGAAGAAGAGGGACACGCCUUAGCUCGGUCCUUCAACUGCAAGUUUAUCGAAACAUCUGCUAAGUCUCGUAUCAAUGUUGAUAAUGCAUUCUACGAAAUUGUCCGCGAGAUUCGUCGCUACAACAAAGAAAUGACGGGGUACACUGUCGGCGGCGGCUCUGGCUCCGGCAGUGGCGGCCCCAGCGGCAAACUUGACGUCAGCGACAGUGAGCGUGAUAGAGGAUGUUGCGGUAGUUGCGUUAUCAUGUGA